GCGGUGCCGAGACACAGGCGCUGCUGCAGGAACAGCGGCCCGCACCCGCCGCAGCGCUCGCCGCCGUCAGCGGCCCUCGCGCCUCCGGUGUCCCGGCUCACUGAGGAACCCCCACCCCUCGCCGGUUCCAGUAGUGCGCGCAAUGGCCCCUCGCAAGAACGCCAAGGGCGGCGGCGGCAACAGCAGCAGCAGCAGCAGCAGCAGCAGCAGCAGCAGCGGCUCUGGCAGCGGCUCCGGCAGCGGCAGCCCGGGCGCGGGCACCAGCGGCGGCAGCAGCAGCCCCGGGACCCGGAGAGAGACAAAGCACGGAGGACACAAAAACGGGAGGAAAGGAGGACUUUCUGGAAGUUCAUUUUUCACGUGGUUUAUGGUCAUUGCAUUGCUGGGCGUCUGGACUUCAGUAGCUGUCGUCUGGUUUGAUCUUGUUGAUUAUGAGGAAGUUUUAGCCAAAGCAAAGGACUUCCGUUAUAACUUAUCGGAGGUACUUCAAGGAAAACUAGGAGUCUAUGAUGCUGAUGGUGAUGGAGAUUUUGAUGUGGAAGAUGCCAAAGUUUUACUAGGCCUUAAAGAAAGAUCUGCUUCAAAGCCAACAGUCCCACCGGAAGAAGCUGAGCCAUACCCGUGGCUGGAGGAGCAGGUUCCCGAGGACUCAGGACCUCAGAAUAUUGAAGAUGAGUUAGAAGAGCAAAUUCAGCCCCUUCUCCAUGAGUCAGUCUACACAGAACAUGGAGACGAUGAUGUGCAGCAAGAAGAGGCUGGACAAGCAAGAGAACCACAGCUGGAAGAUGAUGAUUUCCUCGUAGGAAGUGAUGCAGAUGAUGGAUUUGAGCCCUUGGAAACCAGAACAUUUCAUGAAGAAACUGAAGAUAGUUACCCUGUAGAAGAGACAGCUUCACAGGUUUAUAAUCAGGAUAUGGAAGAGAUGAUGUAUGAGCAGGACAAUCCAGAUUCCAUGGAGCCAGUAGUGGGUGAUGAUGAAAGAAGGUACCACGAAGCAGAUGACCUUCCAUACCAAGACUAUGAUGAACCAGUAUACGAACCAUCGGAAAAUGAAGGUCUAGAAAGUUCAGAUAAUGCUGUAGAAGAUUCAAACAUAAUUUUAGAAGAAGCACACAUGCCCCCUGCUGAAGAACAACAGGAAGUACCACUAGAAACAAAUAGAAAAACAGACGAUCCAGAAAUAAAAGAAAAAGUUAAGAAAAAGAAGCCUAAACUAUUAAAUAAAUUUGAUAAGACUAUUAAAGCUGAACUUGAUGCUGCAGAAAAACUUCGUAAAAGGGGAAAAAUUGAAGAAGCAUUGAGUGCAUUCCAAGAACUAGUGCGCAAAUACCCUCAGAGUCCACGGGCAAGAUACGGAAAGGCACAGUGUGAAGACGAUCUGGCUGAGAAAAGAAGGAGCAACGAGGUGCUGCGUGGGGCCAUCGAAACCUACCAGGAGGUGGCCAGCCUGCCUGAUGUCCCCACAGACUUGCUGAAGCUGACCUUGAAGCGGCGCUCAGACAGACAGCAGUUUUUGGGUCACAUGAGAGGCUCCCUGAUUACCCUACAGAAGUUAGUUCAGCUGUUUCCUGAUGAUAUGUCUUUAAAGAACGACCUUGGAGUGGGGUAUCUCUUGAUAGGGGAUAAUCACAACGCUCAGAAGGUCUAUGAAGAGGUUCUGAAUGUGACACCGAAUGACGGCUUUGCUAAAGUACAUUAUGGCUUUAUCCUGAAGGCACAGAACAAAAUUGCUGAGAGCAUUCCCUAUUUAAAGGAGGGAAUAGAAUCUGGAGAUCCCGGCACUGAUGAUGGGAGGUUUUACUUCCACCUGGGGGAUGCCAUGCAGCGGGUUGGGAACAAAGAGGCAUAUAAGUGGUACGAGCUUGGGCACAAGAGGGGCCAUUUUGCAUCUGUAUGGCAGCGCUCUCUCUACAACGUGCAUGGACUGAAAGCCCAGCCCUGGUGGACCCCAAAAGAAACAGGCUACACAGAAUUAGUGAAGUCCUUAGAAAGAAACUGGAAAUUAAUCCGUGACGAAGGCCUUGCAGUGAUGGAUAAAGCCAAGGGCCUCUUCCUGCCUGAAGAUGAAAACCUGAGGGAGAAGGGCGACUGGAGCCAGUUUACGCUGUGGCAGCAAGGAAGAAAAAAUGAAAAUGCCUGUAAAGGAGCUCCUAAAACCUGUUCAUUACUAGAUAAAUUUCCCGAGACGACAGGAUGCCGAAGAGGACAGAUCAAAUACUCGGUCAUGCACCCGGGAACGCACGUGUGGCCGCACACGGGGCCCACCAACUGCAGGCUCCGAAUGCACUUGGGCUUGGUCAUUCCCAAAAAAGGCUGCAAGAUCCGCUGCGCCAACGAGACCAAGACAUGGGAAGAAGGCAAGGUGCUCAUCUUUGAUGACUCUUUCGAGCACGAGGUGUGGCAGGACGCCGCGUCUUUCCGGCUGAUCUUCAUCGUGGAUGUGUGGCACCCAGAGCUGACACCCCAGCAGAGACACAGCCUUCCUGCAAUUUAGCAUGUCGUGCAGGCUUGGGACACACUGGAGAGAGGCUGCCUGCUGGCUCAAUCUCCUCGGGUGUGGGGACAGAGGUUCCAAGUUUGAGGGCCCAUCAUUCUCUUGAUGGGCAGCUCUCCCAAUUCUAAGGCUCCUCGUAGGGUUAGAAGACACUAAAUGGAAUAUUUUGCCUUGCUGCAGUUCACGUUGAAAGCCCCCCACUGUCCUUCAUCCCACGACAGCACCCAUCAUCUGAUGCCGUAUUUGCCGUGAAGACGUGAGAGCUUCUGCCUUGUCAGCCAAAGAUAUUUUUCCCCCUUUGAAGAGGCCUCAGUCAGUGUACAAUGAGAAUUCAUGUAUAAACUGUGAAUGGAUCACUUCAGUUUGUAAUUUUUCUAUGCAAUUAUAUUUUUCUAGGGUAUCUAGGCCAUGGUUUUCAUCAUGUACCACUACUUUUUUGUUGAGUUUAAUAAUAAGCUGUGUAAAUGCUUUACUUCUAGCUGACUUAAUGGUGACUUCCCCUGUGAACUCAGACUUCCCUCUUUUAAUUCUGUUUAGUAAAAGACACUCAUAAAGAAGCAAUUUUAUUUUCCUAAUACAAAGGGGAAAGAUGUAAUUACGCUGAUGUCUGUGAACUGUACUGCUUCCCACCCACUGAAUCUGUUUGCUUUCUUAUCUUCAUUGAGAGCCAUUGUCUUAAUGUCUCUCCUCGCCAUGCAAAUGGUGGAGAUGCUGUCUUUCUAAGAGGAGCUUUUCACACUGAAACAGGACACAGAGCCAUUUUAUAUUGAGUCACAAAAGUGUCACCAGUAAAUUUUUUUAAUGCCAAGAAUUAGAACUGAAAAAAAAAAAAAAAGGAACAUUACUCAAAGUAAAAAUUUUCUCUCGGGAUGAGGCAGACAGGCAGCUGCCAGGACAUCUGGCUCCUUGGGCUCUUUGGCAUCUGAGACAGGCCCCGAAUCCAGAGUCUCUUUGCCUGUUGUAAAUCCCUGUACAUGGAUUCCCAUCGCAGUUUUAUAAAAAUACGAAGGAUGGCAGAGCGGAAGCCCAAGAAUGCCAGGAUCUUGGUCCUGCGUUUAGGAUCGCCUUCUUCUCUGAAAGAGUUCGAAAGACUCUUUUCCUGGCUUGAGAAACUUAUGCCAUUUAAAUAGAGCUUAGAAGUAGCAGUUGUUAUCCACAGGUUAGCUCUAAUCUUACCCACAGCAUAGAAACAACUGUUGGAAAAAUGGUCUUGCCUACUUAUUCCAAAGAUGAUCAAAUCAUUAAUUUAGAAGGGCAUUGAUGUAUUAAAUAUUUCAUGUUUCCAAUCAAACUAGACAUGUUACAUAUACGAAUGUAAGGUUGCUCAUGCACCUGAACUUUAAGCCAAUAUGAACAAAAGUGCUGAAGAAAUGACAGGUUAUCAGAUUUCAUUCAUGGGUAGUAAAAACACUUGUGCUUCCUUUCCAUCUAAGGACAAGGAGGAUGAUUUAUCUCUUUUAAAAAGAGUUCUUUACCAUCAAAAUGUACCCUUUUUGCUUGACAUUAGCUUCCAGGUAGAAGGGUUUGUAAAAUAUUUGUCCUGUUCCCUUCUGUUUUGCCAAAAACAGUCCCACUCAAAUAGAUGAAGAAGCAUGUGAGGAAAGUCUCCAAAUGAAUGACCACAGUCCAGAAGAAAAACCAAGCUCUUGAAAAAUCAAAAGGAGUUUUGUCCUUCAGUAUUUAUUGAACAGAAGAAAUGACUGACAAAGGACAAUACAAUCCAAUGCUCAUGUAAUAACAUUCAUGUCACUUCUUGAAUUUGGUUCUCGGAUGUAUAUUGCAUAUACAUAAAGAAAUUUAAAGUAUAAGUUGUCAGUGUUAAACCAUCAUCUUACAUUCAUUUAAUGAAGUCAUGGCAUAGAGUGAAAACUAGCUCUUAACUUAAUAAUUAUAAUAUGGUAUUUAAAAUCAGGUCACUACAGUAGGAUUCUCAAUAUCACCAGUUGAAAAGCCAGAAUUACUACUGUUGCAAAGUGUUGGCAAUAAUUGAUUCCGGUAGCAUUUUAAAUACUUGGAUCCCACAACUGUUUUAUAAACCCGGUCAUAACAUGGAUUUUCUAACUCACUUUAAUUCUUUAUCUUUCUUCCUAUGGAAUUCCGCAUGGAAUAUAAGAAAAGUGUUUCAGUCACUGCAUGGGUAGAGUUAUCUCAGUGUUACUGUUUUGUUUUUUGAAAUGUCUACACAAACCAAAUGGGUUUUAUGUAUACCAUGAUCCAGUCGGUGAAGAAAUAUUUUUAAUUCUAUUUCAAUUUUAUUUCGAGGGUAGAAUACAAAAAUUACGUCUCUUAUUCUCCUCUGCCAGUAGAAAAUAAAUUAAAACACUAGAUUCAUUGAGAAAGAGAUGUAAUAAAUGGUUAAGAUUCGUAAUAAUAUCUACCUAGGUUGAUUAUGGCCAGUUGAAUCACCUCUUUUCUUUGAAUUUUUAGUUAAUCCUCCCAAGUCCUUAAAACAUAAAAUCAUAUUUUUCUGCCCAACUAAAAUAUCUUUUAUUUGACACUGAGCACCAAGUGGUCAUACUGAUUAAUGCUCAUGUCAUGUGGAUGGCUGGGAAGAUAUGAGAUGCCUUAAACACAAACGGGUUUUGGGAAACAUGGCACGAAUAAGGAUAUCCUAUCCUAUGUUACCUGUUUAUCUCUAUUUAAUUUCCUUUGAAUGGGUCGUUGGGGACUCCCAUUUCUACGGAGAAUAGACAAAGAAAUAAAAUGAUCUUUGGCAUUUUA